AUGAUCGACAUCAGCAUCUCCAACCUGGAGGGGCUGCGCACCAAAUGCGCCACGUCCAACGACCUCACGCAGAAGGAGAUCCGCACCUUGGAGAGUAAGCUGGUGAAAUACUUCAGUCGUCAGCUCUCCUGCAAAAGGAAGGUGUCUCUGCAGGAGCGGAAUGCCAAACUGGAGGGCUUCCCGCAGCUCUGGCACUGGUUUCGCAUUGUGAACAUCCGCAAGGAGGUCAUGGAGGAAAUCGCCUCCGGGCAGCUGAGCCUGGAAGACCUUUUGGAGAUGUCGGACGAGCAGGUCUGCAAGACGGUGGAGAAAUUCGGGGCGAACUGGGAGGAAUGUGCCCGACUCAACGCCUCUCUCUCCUGCCUCCGGAACGUGUACAAGUCAGGAGGUAGUCUUUCCAAACAAGAUUGGUCCAUCCAGUGGCCGCCAGCGACCGAGACCGACAAAGAAAACAGCUCCAUGUGCCAAUCCGAAUCCAUGCAGUGGCUCCGAACUCACCUCUCUCUGAGUCCCAAGCCUAAGUCCAAGUGCACCCCUCACUUCUGCCACCCCACGUUGUCCCACGAGCUCAUCUACGGCCACACGGACAGACUAACCGUGGAAGGUUUCGCAGGACUCUGCCCUCCGCUGGAAUCCGGCCACCGCUCCUUGCCCCCUUCCCCACGCCAGCGGCAUGCAGCCCACACCCAGCCCUGCACCCCGAAUAUCAUCACCCCCAUGACGGCUCCAGGGACGCCGCCGGUCAGGAGGACGAACAAAGGGAAACCCCCGGGCACCCCUCCCCCUUCAUCUCGGAAGCUGAUCCACCUCUUCCCGGGCUUCACCGUCUUGCAUCGGAGCAAGUCUCACGAGUUCCAGCUGGGCAAUCGGGUGGACGAGUCUCACACCCCCAAUCAAGGCAUGAUUCUGAAUUUAGAUGAGAAUUUAGAUCUCCAUGGUGACCCCAGUGUCGAUCUUCAUGGACUGCCCAUUAGCUUCCUCGGAGCACUGCGGGCAGCAAGGGAUACACUCUCAGUACCUCGCUGGUCACCCCAAAUUCCUCGGCGGGAUCUUGGAAACUCAAUCAAACACAGGUUUUCCACGAAGUAUUGGAUGUCCCAGACAUGCACUGUCUGCGGGAAAGGAAUGUUGUUUGGGCUGAAAUGUAAAAACUGCAAGCUAAAGUGCCACAACAAAUGUACCAAAGAGGCCCCACCAUGUCACCUGCUGAUCAUCCACCGUGGAGCAAGAUUAGUCCGGACAGAAUCUGUGCCAUGUGAUAUCAACAAUCCGCUACGGAAACCCCCCAUAUAUUCAGAUCUGCACAUCAGCCAGACGCUCCCAAAAACCAACAAAAUCAACAAGGAUCACAUUCCAGUGCCCUACCAGCCUGAUUCCAGCAGCAAUCCCUCCUCGACAACGUCAUCCACCCCUUCUUCACCAGCUCCUCCCCUGCCGCCCAGCGCCACGCCACCUUCGCCCUUUCACCCCUCCCCACAGUGCCCGCGGCAACAAAAACAGUUCAAUUUGCCAGCUUCGCACUAUUACAAGUACAAGCAGCAAUUCAUUUUUCCAGAUGUUGUGCCUGAGGUGCCCCCCAGACCACCUCAAGUUGUCCUCCAUCCGGUUAAUUCAGACCCAAUCCGAGAAGGGAAUCCAGUACUUCAAAUUGAAGUGGAGCCAACCUCCGAGACCGAACAGGGAAACGAUGAGGAAUCCGAGGACGACUUUGAGGAGAUGAACCUCUCCCUCCUCUCCGCUCGUAAUUUUCCCCGGAAAGCCAGCCAGACCAGUAUCUUCCUGCAGGAGUGGGACAUUCCCUUCGAGCAGCUGGAGAUUGGAGAGCUGAUCGGCAAGGGCCGCUUCGGGCAGGUGUUCCACGGCCGCUGGCACGGGGAGGUAGCCAUCCGCCUCAUUGACAUUGAGCGGGACAACGAGGACCAGCUGAAGGCCUUCAAGCGGGAAGUCAUGGCUUACCGGCAGACGCGGCACGAGAAUGUGGUGCUGUUCAUGGGGGCCUGCAUGAGCCCUCCGCACCUUGCCAUCAUCACCAGCUUGUGCAAAGGACGAACCCUCUACUCGGUGGUGAGAGAUGUCAAAACCGUCCUGGAUGUCAACAAAACACGACAGAUUGCUCAGGAGAUUGUCAAGGGAAUGGGCUACCUGCACGCAAAGGGAAUUCUCCAUAAAGAUCUGAAAUCUAAGAAUAUAUUCUACGACAACGGGAAAGUGGUGAUCACAGAUUUUGGCCUCUUCACUAUAUCUGGAGUUCUGCAAGCAGGCAGGAGAGAGAACAAACUGCGGAUCCAAAAUGGUUGGUUGUGCCACUUGGCACCAGAGAUUAUCCACCAGCUGUCACCGGAAACAGAAGAAGACAAACUACCUUUCUCCAAGCAGUCAGACGUCUUUGCUUUUGGAACCGUCUGGUAUGAACUGUAUGCCCGGGAAUGGCCGUUCAAGACCCAACCAGCCGAGGCAAUAAUUUGGCAAGUGGGCCGAGGGAUGAAGCCGAACCUCAGCCAGAUCGGCAUGGGGAAGGAGAUUUCAGUAGGUGACUUUUGGGUGAAACGGUGGUAG